UAGUAGUAGUAGUAGUAAGAGGCAUCAUUUAUGGAACCAUGAUGCCAGGUUGCAUUCAAGCACCCACGAAAAGCGUAACAACAAGUUAACAAGUGCAGUGUGUUAAGAAAAAAUGGCGAUGCAUCGGAACGCGGUAGACUAAAAAUACGAUGCAGUGUGUUAGUGAAAAAAUUGUUAACCUCAAAAUUUCGAGAAUAUAAUUCUUGGGGCCUCGUAGAAGAGCAUCAUCUUUUUGUCCAAAUGACAUGGGAAUUUGCAGCAGAAGAUAUUUUCUAUUGACAUUAUGCAUUCUACAACUUAUCACUACCAUCGAGCGACAAGUCUUCGACUUUCUGGGAUUUAUGUGGAUCCCGAUACUGGUCAAUUUUUUCAACUUGAUUUUCGUGAUUCUCGGAUUUUUCGGAGCCUUUCAAUAUCGUCCUAAAUACAUUAUAUCGUACUGUAUUUGGAAUAUUCUUUGGCUGGGAUGGAACAUAUUUGUAAUUUGUUUCUACGUCAGUGCUGGUGUUUUAGAUAAGAAAAGUGAUUUACUGAAUUUUGGUACUGGCAGCUUUUCCUGGUGGCUGGCUAAUGGACCAGGAUGUAAACCAAUUUAUGACAAUAUUGAACCAGAAUUUUUUCGACCAGCACGACCCACCAAUGUCACUGGUUGUAUAUUAGAAUAUGAAGUAAUCGAAAUUUUACACGCGUCCAUUCAGUGUAUCUUGGCUGUCAUAGCAGUCGUGGGUGGAAUAUGUCUCAGCCGCGUUUUUCUCGAAGAAGACGAUAGCUUUGACUUUGUCGGAGGCGGUGACUUUGGUUUGGCCGGACACACGGCAUUACAUCCAAUGUACGUUAGCUACUCGGCACUACCACCGCCUGUCUACUCCCAUAAAAAUUCCAAUCAAAACUUCUCAACCGGCACAACUAGUUCACAUCAAUCGACUUUCCCGAAACCCAAUGAAAAGCUCAUUAAUAGUAUAGGUCGCGGUCGAAAUCACAAUAACAACAGCAACAACAAUAAUAAUAAUAAUAAUUUAUUCAAAAAUGACAAUACAAUUCGCAGUAAUCGAAGUAAUCAAAAUCAAAAUCUCGAAUAUAUUGAUUAUUCGAAUGAUUAUUCAAAUCCAUUUGAUCAUUUACAAAGACCCGUGUCACCGAUAAAUGAAUAUGAUUCAUUGGAGGAUGGCGGUAGUAGUAGUAGUAAAUUUAAAAAAAAUCAUCGAUCACAUCACUAUAAUUCCUCGUCAAGAUAUAGUCCAGUGAUUGCUCAAAAAUCAAAAUCAAAUCGAAAUAAUACGAGCAAACAGAAUAAAGUUCCUAUUAAUAAGCCGCGUAUUUUCACUGAUUACAUACGUGAACAGCCUUUAAGAUCGUUUUAUUCUGAUCCAAGACUGGCUGUUGAACAGCAACAGCAGCACAGCUUAACUAGACGUGAGGGUGCUAACAGGAGUAAGAGAGACAGUCGACCUCUUUCCAUGUUUGCCACAAAUUUUUGAGAAAAAGAAAAGAAAAGAAAUACGUUUUCUAUAUAUUACAAUAAUUAUAUUUAUACAUCGCUUAUAUUUUUAGACCUAUUAUUAUUAUUAUUGUUAUAAACAAAGACUUAAUACAAGAUUUUUAUCGAACUGACAAAAAAAAACACUGUAAAUAAUACUGUUGACGGAAUAUUUUUUUAUGUUUCUUUACCUAGCUUUUUUUUGUUCAUUUGAGUCGGGAAUAUUUUGUGCUUAAUUUAGAGAAAAAAACUUGUCUUCGAAUUUUUUGUUUCUAUUUCCUACUCUUGCCAAAUAUUUAUAGAUUUUCAACAUGUCUUUCCCUAUCGUAUGUUUUCCUGUAUAUUUAUAUAUAAUAUUGAAAGGAUGCAGGAAUAUUUUCUUAAAUUGAAUAAUUCAAAUUAUUUUUCUUUAAUUUUAAUUGAGAGUGGAUUUUUUGUUUAGAUUAUGUUCGUGGAAUUUCCAUUUCGCAUGAAAAUAUAAAGGAAAUAAACAGCGAAUUAUAAUUUUAUAAAAAUUACAAUAAGCGAUUUUCUUAUAUUUCGCAUUUUUUUCGAAUGAAAAUUUAAUUGUU